AGCCGGAAAUAAGCCGAAAGCUCGAAUCCCCAAACUUCUAAAGGUUGGCUUGAGAGUCGGCUUUGUAUUUAGUCUGAGUUUGCACGGCCAGGUGUUACUUCACCAGUGGCCCCGGACAGUAACAAAACAAAUAAAAGCCCGAACCCAAACCCUGCCACCAUCGUAGACUUUCCUGAGCACCCUGUCGUGUUAAGUGGGGCUCUGACGGCUCUUCAAGUGUGAGAAGCUGCUCCUUCCAGGAUGGGUCUGUAAUUACUCUGGAACCAGUAAGCCAUGGCAUCAAAGAAAUUUGCUGUUAAAUGUGGGGACUUCGCUGUCCUGGUGGAUCUUCACAUAUCACCUCAAGGUUCCAGCAGAGAUACCAGCUGGUUUUCUGAACAGAAGAAAGAGGAAGUCUGUUUACUGUUGAAAGAAACCAUUACUUCAAGAGUUAAGGAGUACUUAGAAGUUCGUAAACAGCACAGGCCAUCAAAUACAGAAUUCACAAGAUCCAGUCCCUUGUCCUUAAAAGGUUACGGCUUUCAGAUCACAGCCUAUUUCCUCAAGAGAGGGGUACGCCUCCGCUGCUUCGGGGGCUCCCGGAACGUAGAACUCCGCAUGUUUCCCGAAAGAUUCGUGGUCUGCGUAAGUCAGCUUGUGUUCAGUCGUGAUCUUUUGCCAAGUCAGAGUGAGGAGCUGUUGUGGCCAAGCUGUGGAAACAGCCGUCAAGAAUCUUCGGGUGUACCCCAGCCACGCGAUGCUACUCCCUCCCUGUAACAUCCUCCCAGUAGAAGGCACACCGGUCCAUCCUGACGAGAGACAAUAUUUAAGCACUAAAUUAAACACUGCUCUUAAGCCAAACUACUGUUUAAUGUUAAAAGAUUCUCCUUCUAGCUUAUGAGUAUAAAAUUGAAAUGAAAAUGAGUCUAAAGAAGCAAUAAACUACCCCGGCCUGGGUUAUUUUUAGCUUGGCUGGCGUGUUUCUCAGCUGUCCGUAACUGAAACUCUGUUGGCCUUAGCUUUACUCUCAGUCAAGGGGGAAGGUAUCAGAUUAUCUCAAAAAUCCUUUCUCAUAGUGAAUUUCUGUCAGAGAAAGCAGAUGAAACUGUAGCUAAAUUGAAAAAACCAUAAAAUAAUUUUGCACCAAAGAGAACUUUACUUGUGGCUUUAAAAAUUGUGAUUGAAAAAGAAAAUCAGAGUAGAGUGAUAUUUUAAUCCUAGGAAAGAUGAAGAGAAAUUAUAAGGGAACAUUUUAGUCCUUACGUUUUUUAGAAUAGAAGAAAUAAACAACAGUUUGUACACUAACUUAUGUACCCGGAUGACAGAAUUAUUCAGCUUUCAUGAGAGAACUUUUGCAGAAGUAGAAAGCAGAUCAUUCAAGAAAAGAACUCUCCUUUUUUUGUAUCAAAAGUAAUUAAAUAAGCAGUGGAAGCUUUUUCUAGGUUUUUCAUACCGUAGCAUAGACUUUAAGAAUCUGUUCUUCUUAUCUUACUGUAUUUCCUCAACAAUGCUGGUGGUUAAUUACAUGGAAGCCAUUAACGAGAGAUUCCUGUAGCACUGGGAAAAUUUCCUAGAGUGGGAAGAGGUCAUUUCCAUAUCUCACAUUUCCCACAGCGUUCCGAACUUAGUUUUUUACUUAAUCACUGCUUACCGAAAUUGUACACGUUCAUUGUACCAAAAAUUUUAGAAUCCAAAUAUAUACAAAGAAAGUAGAAAUUAUCCACAGCUCCCAGCCCAAAGAUAGCCUCUGUUAAUGAUCUAGUCUGUGCUCCCCCUAUACUUCAUACUUGAUAACUGAGGUCAGUGUGUAUUUAUUUUAACUGGGACCCACUCAUUGGUGAAUUGUAUGUUUAUGUCCAUUUUUCUGUUGGUAUUUUUGUAUUUCACAAACUCCUUGCUACAUGAAAACUUCUUACGUAAGGAAAGUAACCUUUAGUGAGUUUGUCAUUUACUUUUCAGUUUCAUGACGCUGCUGGGAUGUAGGUGUCCAUGUCUUCAGCAGAGCCUGCAAUGGGCUGGGUGGGAACCCUAGCACAUCCAUCACCCACCUGCUCUGCCCAUACGUAGACCGGCAGGUGGAUGAUCCUUAGGAAAACAUGGGGAUGGAGAUGUUCUUGAUUGAUCUGGUCUGUUUCUAGGGGAUGACAGAGAUGAUUAGAAAA